CUCCUAUAUAUAUUUAUUUAUGUUUUUUCUGAAUUUGGGUAUUUUUCUUAUAAGGUUGUAAUGGACAGUGGGGUGGUAAAGCUCACAAUCUUGAAGCCUCAAGGGUAUUUAACUGGCAUCAGUUAUGGAGGAAUGGACAAUCUUUUAGAUGUCAAGUCAAAUGAAACCAGCAGAGGAUAUUGGGAUAUCAACUGGAGUUUGCCAGGAGGCCAAAACAGAUAUGAACCACUCAAAGGAGCUGAAUAUAGUGUUGUUCAUCAUAGCAAUGACAGCUUAGAAGUUUCAUUCAAGAACACCUUCAUUCCAUCAUCCGCUAACGGCGUCAAAUUGCCGCUAAGUGUGGAUAUAAGGUACAUUGUAAAGACUGGUGUUUCAGGCUUCUACAAUUACGCAAUAUAUGAGCGGCCUUCUGGAUGUCCUGCCUUCGAUCUUGCGCAGACAAGGAUGGCGUUUAAACUGCGAAGAGAGAAGUAAAAUCUACCCAUUCCUAUUUAGAGUUUCCAAGUGCAUCGGUUCUUUCUUAUGUUAUUUUUAUUGGAGCGAUAUUCUAAUUUAAACUACAAAGAGGGGAUUCGAAUUUGAGUUCAAGGAGAGCACACUACUCUAACUAACUUGGCUACAACUAGGUCUGUGGUUCUUGUCUAUAUGUUUUUACAUUCACUGAACUUGUAUUAGGUUCCACUACAUGGCAAUAACAGAUGAGAAACAAAGGAUAAUGCCAAUGCCUGAGGAUGUGCUUCCACCAAGAGGCAAACAACUAAUCGUGCCUGAAUCAGUUUUGCUUUUAGAUCCCAUCAAUCCUGAUCUCAAAGGCGAGGUGUGUACCUAAAAUAAUUCAUUGCGUACCAGCGAAAAAUGCUUCUAUGCCAUGUUGAAUUCCGUCAGAACUCCAAAUUGUGCUGCUAUUUGUAUGCCUUUGAAUGCAGGUUGAUGAUAAGUAUCAGUACUCGAUGGACAACAAAGACAGUGGAGUCCAUGGAUGGAUAAGUUCCGGCCCCACUGUAGGGUUUUGGCUCAUCUUUCCCAGCCAGGAGUUCCGAAAUGGCGGUCCUACGAAACAAAAUCUUACCGUCCACACUGGUCCAUUCUGCCUUGCUGUAAAAGUCUAUCACUCAAAUUCAAUAAUAAGACAUUUCCAGUUGAGGAUCAGCUAAAUUUUUUGUCUAUCUGGUGCACCAGAUGCUUCAUGGAACUCAUUAUAUCGGCGAAGAUAUAUUAGCUCAUUUCGAAGAAGGGGAGACUUGGACAAAAGUGUUUGGCCCCUUUUUCGUAUACCUUAACUCAACCCCAGAUGUAUCAAAGGCACACGAUUUAUGGAUUGAUGCGAAAAAACAGAGGCUGAUUGAAGAGACAUUGUGGCCUUAUGCUUUUGUUCAAUCGCCCUACUAUGUUGCCGCUAAAGAGCGUGGUUCAGUUUCAGGAAGAUUGUUUGUCCAGGAUAGGUAUGUUUCGGAUUCUCUCAUUCCUGCUAAAUACGCGUAUGUUGGUCUAUCAGUUGCAACUACUCCAGGAUCCUGGCAAACAGAAAGCAAGGACUAUCAGUUUUGGAUACAAACAGAUAUCAUCGGGAAUUUCACCAUCAAGAAUGUUAUCCCUGGAGUAUACGGACUCCAUGGCUGGAUCCCGGGUUUUGUAGGUGAUUACCUUGACAACGAACGUAUCACAAUCUCUGCAGGAUCACAAACACAACUCGGAAACCUGACCUAUGUUCCCCUCAGAGACGGUCCAACUUUAUGGGAGAUUGGCUACCCUGAUAGGACGGCCAUAGAUUACUAUGUUCCUGAUGUGAACCCAAUAUACGUGAACAAGCUGUUUCUGAACAGCCCCGAGAAGUAUAGACAGUAUGGCUUGUGGGACAGAUACACUGAUGUGCACCCUGAAUUUGACCAGACCUUCACUAUAGGCAGCAGUAAUCCGAAAACCGACUGGUUUUUUGCUCAUGUGGACAGGAGGGGAGCAGAUAAUAAAUACCUUCCAACAACAUGGACAAUAAAGUUCAAUCUCAAAUCUGUAACGACCGGCACAUACAAGUUCAGACUGGCCAUCGCUUCAGCAACCCGCUCGGACCUGAAGGUUCAUGUUAAUGCUAUGGACAUAGAACACCUGGUGAUUCAAGUUUUGAACUUGGGGACGGAUAACGCAGUUUGUCGACAUGGAGUUCAUGGACUCUAUCGGCUUUUCAGCGGCGAUAUCCCAUCAACGCUCCUGGUAAAGGGAGAUAACUCCAUAUUUCUUUCACAGGCUAGGGGUGGUGAUGCACUUUGUGGACUUUUCUAUGAUUAUCUAAGACUGGAGGCUCCGGAAACAGCAGAGAGCUGAAUUAUCACCCGCGGAUUAAGGACAAUGCCCGCAAUUAAGAUGGUCUAUGAAAUCGUUUUACAGCUUACUAGUGCUUCUCAAAUAUGUUCUUCAUACAUAUUACUUGUUGGUUGUGACAAGUUAAACAAAAACCUUCUAUUGGAAAACAAUGUGGCAAGGUUACUUGAUUAUCAUUCAAGUAUAUACAUUUAAACAAAUCUUAACCUUAUGCUAAAUGU